AUUGUGUGGGAAUAUAAAAAGGUUUCAAGAUUUCGGGGGGAAGGAAUAGUGGCAUUUGGACAACAAUCGAUUUGGAUGGUGACUCAAAGACAGGCAUCAUGAGUAAACAGGAUUCUUAUGAUAUGUUUGUCGAGAUGGACAAAAGGGGGGGAGACAUGGAUGUCAAAAUCAAAAAGAAGAAGGUCAAGAAGAAGGAGAAAAUGGAGAGCAUGAAAAAGGAAAUGGACAUUGAUGACCAUGCAAUCCCCAUUGAGGAGCUAGAGAUGAAGUAUACCACAGAUGUAAACAAGGGACUCACCACCACUUUCGCCCAGCAAGUCUUGGAGCGUGACGGCCCCAACGAGCUCAAGCCCCCGAAGGGCACCCCGGAGUACGUGAAGUUCGCCCGGCAGCUGGCCGGAGGGCUGCAGUGCCUGAUGUGGGUGGCGGCUGUCAUCUGCUUCAUCGCCUUCGGCAUCGAGCUUGGCAAGGGCGAACCCUCCUGCUACGACGACUUGUAUUUGGCCAUCACCCUGAUUACUGUGGUGGUGGUGACAGGGUGCUUUGGAUACUAUCAGGAAUUUAAAAGUACAAACAUCAUCGCCAGCUUCAAAAAUCUGGUGCCACAGCAAGCAGUGGUGAUUCGAGAUGGUCAGAAAAAUGAGAUCAAUGCCAACAUGUUAGUGGUGGGUGAUCUGGUGGAGAUCAAAGGUGGUGACCGAGUCCCUGCUGACAUCCGCAUUAUCACUUCACAGGGCUGUAAGGUGGACAACUCCUCUUUGACCGGCGAGUCGGAGCCGCAGAGCAAGACUCCAGAGUACACUCACGAGAGUCCCCUGGAGACGAAAAACAUUGCCUUCUUCUCAACCACCUGUCUAGAGGGAGUUGCCACUGGAAUUAUUAUCAACACAGGUGAUAGGACAAUCAUUGGGCGGAUUGCCACUUUGGCCUCAGGAGUGGGAAAUGAGAAGACGCCUAUUGCCAUUGAGAUCGAGCACUUUGUAGACAUCAUUGCUGGCCUGGCUAUCUUCUUCGGGUUCACUUUCUUUGUGGUGGCCAUGUUCAUUGGGUACGCCUUCCUGGAGGCCAUGAUUUUCUUCAUGGCCAUUGUGGUAGCCUAUGUACCGGAGGGUCUUCUGGCUACCGUGACUGUGUGUCUAUCUCUCACGGCCAAGCGUCUGGCCAGGAAGAACUGUGUGGUGAAGAACCUAGAGGCUGUAGAGACCCUGGGCUCCACCUCAGUCAUCUGCUCCGAUAAGACUGGCACGCUGACCCAGAACAGGAUGACCGUGGCCCAUCUGUGGUUUGACAAUAUGAUUCAUGCUGCCGAUACAACAGAGGACCAAUCAGGCCAAAGCUUCGACCAGUCAUCAGAGACAUGGAGGGCCCUAGCAAGAGUAGCUGGCCUUUGCAACCGAGCCACCUUCAAACCCAACCAAGAAACUGUCCCUGUACCUAAGAGAUUUGUUGUGGGUGAUGCCUCAGAAACAGCCCUACUGAAGUUUACGGAACUGACUGUAGGCAAUGUAAUGGACUACAGGGCUAGGUUCAAGAAGGUCUGCGAGGUGCCAUUUAACUCAACAAACAAAUUUCAGCUGUCAAUGCAUGAGCUGGAUGACCCACUUGACUUGCGCUACUUGCUGGUGAUGAAAGGAGCCCCAGAGAGAAUCCUCGAGCGCUGCUCCACCAUUUUGAUUAAGGGUCAGGAGCUCCCCCUGGAUGACCAGUGGAAGGAGGCCUUCCAGACUGCCUACAUGGAUCUGGGGGGCCUGGGCGAGAGAGUGCUGGGCUUCUGUCACCUGUACCUGAACGAGAAGGAGUUCCCCCGUGGCUUCAGCUUUGACCCCGACGAGAUGAACUUCCCCACCGGUGGCCUCUGCUUCGCUGGUCUGAUCUCCAUGAUUGACCCGCCCCGUGCCACUGUGCCCGACGCCGUCAUGAAGUGCCGUACGGCUGGGAUUCGGGUAAUCAUGGUGACAGGAGACCAUCCAAUUACUGCAAAGGCCAUCGCAGCAAACGUUGGCAUUAUUUCCGAGGGAAGCGAGACAGUGGAGGACAUUGCCGCCAGACUGAGAAUCCCUGUGGAGCAGGUCAAUAAGAGAGAUGCCCGUGCCUGUGUGAUCAAUGGUGGUCAGUUAAAGGACAUGAGCAGUGAAGAGUUGGACGAGAUCCUGAAGAACCAUCCAGAGAUGGUCUUUGCCCGCACCUCCCCCCAGCAGAAGCUCAUCAUAGUGGAGAGCUGCCAGCGCCUGGGCUCUAUUGUGGCUGUGACAGGGGACGGAGUGAACGACUCGCCCGCCCUGAAAAAGGCUGACAUUGGCAUUGCCAUGGGCAUCUCUGGCUCUGAUGCUGCCAAGAAUGCUGCCGACAUGAUCUUGCUGGAUGACAACUUUGCCUCUAUUGUGACAGGGGUGGAGCAAGGUCGCCUUAUUUUUGACAACCUGAAGAAGUCUAUUGCCUACACUCUGACCAAGAACAUUCCAGAGCUGACCCCCUACCUGAUUUACAUCACCGUUAGCGUCCCUCUCCCCCUCGGCUGCAUCACCAUCCUCUUCAUUGAGCUGGCCACUGACAUUUUCCCCUCGGUAUCUCUGGCCUAUGAGAAAGCAGAGAGUGACAUCAUGCAUCUCAAACCAAGGAACCCCCGCAGGGAUCGGCUUGUGAACGAAGCUUUGGCUGUCUACUCAUAUUUCCAGAUUGGAGCGAUCCAGUCUUAUGCUGGCUUCACUGAUUACUUCAGCGCUAUGGCCCAGGAGGGUUGGUACCCGUUGCUGUGUGUGGGUCUCAGGGCACAAUGGGAAGAUGUCCAUCUACAAGACCUGCAGGACAGUUAUGGCCAGGAAUGGACCUUCAGCCAACGUCUGUACCAGGAGUACACCUGUUACACUGUCUUCUUUGUCAGUAUUGAGAUCUGCCAGAUUUCUGAUGUCCUGAUCAGAAAAACUCGCCGUCUGUCUGUCUUCCAGCAAGGCUUCUUCAGAAACAAGGUCCUGGUGUCCGCUAUUGUCUUCCAACUGUGUCUUGGUAACCUGCUCUGCUACUGCCCUGGCAUGCCAAACAUAUUCAACUUCAUGCCAAUUCGAGUGCAGUGGUGGUUUGUGCCAGUACCCUACGGAAUCCUAAUCUUUGUGUAUGAUGAGAUCAGGAAACUUGGAGUCAGGAGACAUCCAGGAAGCUGGUGGGACCAGGAGUUGUAUUACUGAAAGAAAACUGUUUAUCUAAAUAUUGCUAAACUAAACUAAUUAUUAUUAGUAUUAUUAUUAUUAUAAUUAUUAUGUUCAAAUAUUCCACCCAAAUGUAAAAUAUUAUUAAGGUUUUUGAAAGCCUGAAACUGUCAGUAUAAGAACUGAAAUUCAGUAAGUAAAACAUGAUAUUGUAAAAGUAUAGGCCUAUCAGGGGGAGAAGCACUCUCUUCAUUGUAGCUAAUAGGCCCAGGUCAAACAUGGUAAUGGCCUGUUCUCUUUCUUUCAAGACUUCACUCAAAUUCAAAAUUGUUAUCAUAAUUGAGAGUGUGGUUUUCACUGUAUUGUUUGAAAUCAUUUGUAAGGCGCCUGUUUUAAUCUUUAGACUUUGCAUGUAAGGCAUGUUUUAGACAAUCUGACAGAUGUGUAAGAUGUGUAUGUGUGUGAUUGCUCAUUGUUCAUUGAGAAAAAUCUCUGUAACCUGUUAAAUAUACUAUAACAGCUGAAUGUGACAAGUUGACUGGCCUAAAAUAACAACUACAUUUUUACAAAUAAAUUAGGCCUGAGUAGGCCUAAGUUUGGCUAAUGUUGUGAAUAUUGUUAUAUCAAAAAUGUUGUUGCAAGCAAGCCUAGGUUAGGGCCUACAUUUCUGUUCCUGAGUUCUUCUAAAAACCAUACCGUAAUUGUCCACAAGGGGGCAUAGCCAACGGCUCUGGUGCCAGGGUUGAUGCAUAUGGACUCGGACAGAUCACUUUUCGAGUUUGCCUCAGACACAAUGUCAAAUGAUUGGGUUGCUAACGUAUUAUGAUUCCAAACACCAUCGGAUAGACCCUUAAUGUUAAAUAAAAUGAUA